GUGCACACAGAAGACCUGCAGGACAAAGCCUUGUCGUCCUUAUUCGUGCUGGUCUGUGACACGUUUGAGGGAUCCAAGCCUCCUGCCUGUGGAGGGUCCAAACAUCAACACUACAGAAGUUACUGCCACAAUGAAUUUUGAAGUAUUUUAUCCUCCAGAUGUGGCACAUGACCAAAAACACUGAGGAAUCUCAUCACCACUUAGUUUAAUGUUAAUGUUAAUACAUUUUCCAUUUCACCCAGUGACGUGCAGUCAGGGGAGGCAGGUGAGGCAGUGCCGCACCCGUUAUCAUGACAAGUACAAUACUUACAAUGAUAAGAGAAAAUACAUUUGACCACUGACUGUUCUAUAAAACCAUUUUAUAAAA